CGCUUGUUCGCUCACUCUCAGUGAAAAGAGUUUUGAAAUGAGUUCUGAAUAGACAGCAUUUUCUUUGUGCGGUUAGUAAAUAACACAGAGCAAAGUUAGCAAGUUGCAGCGCCUCUGCGUUCUGAUUCUAUGGAACCUUUUUGUAGGGAGAAGGGCAGGAUGUUUUUAACUGAAUGUGACCUCACGGGAAUACUAGAGAAAAUAAUAAAAUUUCUGAAUGGGGCAGCGUGGAGAAAUCCUAAGAGAAAUAGCAUAAGAGCAUUUUGGAACACAUCCAGAAAAAGAUAACUUUCGACACACCUGUAGACGUUCGCCAGGUAAAGGAGUGAUGGAAACUCUCCAGUUCAGAUCCAGUAGCUUUUAGGGAAGGAACUAUAGUUGCUGACUUGAGUUGAAGAAGCAUCUACUUAAUGUCUGGUCAAAUCCUACAAGAAAUACAGAAAUCUAUGAUUAAAAAGCUGAGCACUUUGAUAUACUGCAAAGGGUAGAGAAGGCAGGACGGCAGAAAUCUUCUGCAAGGAAGAAUGAAUUUCAGGAUUUAUCACUAAAUCAGACAAAGUCAUUUAUUUAGUACCCCUGACACAGCAGGGCAAACUGAGUUGGCAUACAAGUUACCUGGAGAAAAAGAGAGCAAUUCCAGGACUUCCUCUUCAGUCCAAAAGAAGGUACCAGAUCUGUGCACUGGGGCGAUGUGGAAGAGACCUGCUUAUUGCCCCUGAUGUAAACUCCAGUAAGAAAAGAUGUCAAGUACAAGUACUAGGAAAUCACUUUAUACAUCUGUUUAUAGGAAUGACCUUAGGACUUUGUGUUCAUGUUAUAGAUGGAUGCAGAGGCUGAAGAUAAAACGCUGCGUACUCGCUCUAAAGGAACUGAGGUGCCAAUGGAUUCGCUAAUCCAGGAGCUCAGUGUUGCCUAUGAUUGUUCCAUGGCAAAGAAGAGAAGAGCUGAAGAUCCGGCUUUGGGGGUUCCAGUGAACAAAAGGAAGUCCCUGCUAAUGAAGCCCCGACACUACAGCCCAAACACAGACUGCCAAGAAGACCGCAGCGACAGGACAGAGGACGAUGGCCCCUUGGAAACGCAUGAUCACUCUACUGCAGAGGAAGUCAUGAUAAAACCUAUGGAUGAAAGUCUCCUUUCAGCUGCACAAGAAAACUCCAGUAGGAAGGAAGAUAGAUACUCUUGUUAUCAAGAGCUCGUGGUCAAGUCUUUAAUGCACUUGGGGAAAUUUGAAAAAAAUGUGUCUGUUCAGACCACAAGUGAAAACUUAAAUGACAGUGGCAUCCAAUCUUUAAAAGCAGAGAGCGAUGAAGCAGACGAGUGUUUUCUGAUUCAUUCUGAUGAUGGAAGAGACAAGAUCGAUGAUUCUCAGCCACCCUUCUGCUCCUCUGAUGACAAUGAAAGUAACUCUGAAAGUGCAGAAAAUGGCUGGGACAGUGGCUCCAACUUCUCAGAAGAAACCAAACCACCUAGAGUCCCAAAGUAUGUUUUAACAGAUCAUAAAAAAGACCUAUUGGAAGUUCCUGAAAUAAAAACUGAGGGUGACAAAUUUAUCCCUUGUGAGAACAGGUGUGAUUCUGAAACAGAAAGGAAAGACCCACAGAAUGCUCAUGCAGAACCCCUGGAUGGCAACACCCAGCCCUCAUUCCCUGAUGUUGAGGAGGAAGAUAGCGAGAGCCUGGCAGUAAUGACGGAAGAGUCUAGUGACCUGGAAAAGGCCAAGGGGAACUUAAGUUUGCUGGAGCAGGCAAUUGCUCUGCAGGCUGAGCGAGGUUGUGUUUUCCAUAACACCUACAAAGAACUGGACAGGUUCCUGCUGGAGCACCUAGCAGGGGAAAGGAGGCAAACCAAAGUUAUCGACAUGGGUGGAAGACAAAUCUUUCACAAUAAACAUUCACCAAGGCCUGAAAAAAGGGAGACCAAGUGCCCGAUCCCUGGGUGUGAUGGCACGGGACACGUGACGGGGCUCUACCCCCACCACCGCAGCCUUUCGGGUUGUCCCCACAAAGUGCGGGUUCCCCUGGAAAUUCUUGCCAUGCAUGAAAAUGUGCUCAAGUGUCCCACACCGGGAUGCACAGGAAGGGGUCAUGUGAACAGCAACCGCAACACCCACAGGAGUCUUUCUGGUUGUCCAAUUGCUGCAGCUGAAAAACUGGCAAUGUCCCAGGAUAAAAAUCAGCUUGAUUCUCCCCAAACUGGGCAGUGUCCUGACCAGGCCCACAGGACAAGCUUGGUGAAGCAAAUUGAAUUCAAUUUCCCGUCACAAGCCAUCACCUCUCCCAGAGCCACAGUGUCAAAAGAACAAGAGAAGUUUGGAAAAGUACCAUUUGAUUAUGCCAGUUUUGAUGCCCAAGUUUUUGGUAAACGCCCUCUCAUACAAACAGUGCAAGGAAGAAAAACACCACCAUUUCCUGAAUCAAAACAUUUUUCAAAUCCAGUGAAAUUUCCUAAUCGACUGCCUAGUGCAGGCGCCCACACCCAGAGCCCUGGCCGUGCCAGCUCUUAUAGCUACGGUCAAUGUAGUGAAGACACCCACAUAGCAGCAGCUGCUGCCAUCCUGAACCUUUCCACCCGCUGCAGGGAAGCCACAGACAUCCUCUCCAACAAGCCACAGAGUCUGCAUGCCAAGGGAGCCGAAAUAGAAGUGGAUGAAAAUGGCACAUUGGACUUAAGCAUGAAAAAAAAUCGAAUCCUGGACAAGGCUGCACCCCUAACUUCCUCUAACACUUCUAUUCCAACUCCUUCCUCUUCCCCAUUCAAAACAAGCAGCAUUCUGGUCAAUGCGGCAUUCUAUCAGGCUCUUUGUGACCAAGAGGGCUGGGACACUCCUAUCAACUAUAGCAAAACUCACGGGAAGACAGAGGAGGAGAAAGAGAAAGACCCAGUGAGCUCUCUAGAAAAUUUAGAGGAAAAAAAGUUUCCUGGAGAGGCCUCUAUACCAAGCCCUAAACCCAAGCUUCAUGCAAGAGAUCUCAAAAAGGAACUAAUCACCUGUCCAACACCAGGAUGUGAUGGAAGUGGCCACGUGACAGGAAACUAUGCGUCUCAUCGCAGUGUUUCUGGAUGUCCUUUAGCAGAUAAGACUCUAAAAUCCCUCAUGGCUGCCAACUCUCAGGAGCUUAAGUGUCCAACCCCAGGCUGCGAUGGCUCGGGGCACGUGACUGGAAAUUAUGCUUCCCACAGAAGCUUGUCCGGAUGCCCUCGUGCAAGGAAAGGUGGUGUCAAAAUGACCCCUACCAAGGAAGAAAAAGAAGACCCUGAACUGAAAUGUCCUGUGAUAGGGUGUGAUGGCCAAGGUCACAUAUCAGGUAAAUACACGUCACACCGCACAGCUUCUGGUUGUCCUCUGGCUGCCAAGAGACAGAAGGAGAAUCCUCUCAAUGGAGCCUCCCUCUCCUGGAAACUGAACAAGCAAGAGCUACCACAUUGUCCCUUGCCAGGCUGCAAUGGGCUGGGCCAUGUAAAUAAUGUUUUUGUCACCCACCGAAGCUUAUCUGGAUGUCCUCUUAAUGCACAAGCUAUCAAAAAGGGCAAGGUUUCUGAAGAACUCAUGACCAUCAAGCUCAAAGCAACCGGGGGAAUAGAGAGUGAUGAAGAAAUUAGGCAUUUGGAUGAAGAAAUAAAGGAACUGAAUGAAUCCAACCUUAAAAUUGAAGCAGAUAUGAUGAAACUUCAGACUCAGAUCACGUCUAUGGAGAGCAACUUAAAGACGAUAGAGGAGGAGAACAAACUCAUAGAACAGAACAAUGAAAGUCUGCUAAAAGAGCUGGCGGGUCUGAGCCAAGCUCUCAUUUCAAGCCUUGCUGACAUCCAGCUUCCACAGAUGGGACCUAUCAGUGAGCAGAAUUUUGAAGCAUAUGUAAAUACACUCACAGACAUGUACAGCAAUCUGGAACGGGACUAUUCCCCGGAAUGCAAAGCUCUACUGGAAAGUAUCAAACAGGCAGUGAAGGGUAUCCAUGUGUAGGAUCACAGCACUGCCGAGCAACAGAAAUUACCAACAGCAGCAAACUCCAGAUGGAUCUGUUAGUGGUUCGUGUACUGCUAAGGCGUGGAGGUUGCCGUACUGCAUUUACAAUUGCAACAUUGCACUAAUUUUAUUUUCCCCAGCUGAUAUAAAAAGGAAAGAAAAACUAUGAUAGACUUCUUGGAUUAAAAGCAAUGCAGUCAAUUAUUAGAUCUUAUUUAUUUUCAUAUGAUUUUCUUUUAUUUCCUCAUUGUACUCUUUUUUUGUAAAGUAUAUGUAAAAUAAAUGUGACAUUUUUAUAAUUUAUUUAUUACUAAUCGAAGAGUUUUUUAUCUUUUAACUGCAUUUUGAAGUCUGCCAUAUUUUUACAAGUGUGUUAUUAAUUUAUUUUCCAAUAGGAUUUACAUAGAAAUGCUAUUCUCAAGUCAUCUUUCUUGCUGGGUUUUAAUGAGGAAACAGGAAAGGGUGAAGGAAAUCCUUGUCUAAGGACUGCACUAUAGUUGAGUUUGAUUUUUAUUGCACACUUCUUCCCCCACCUUUCACUGGUUUUUGUAUUUAUAAAUGAGUUUGUGGUAAGGUGAGCUGCACAGAAGGAAUAAGAAGACAAAUGGCGCCCACUAGUGGGUAAUCCGCACUCACAAAAGCACAGGAUGCUGGAAAACAGCCUGCUCAGAAUUUGUUAGCAAUAAUUAAAUAUAGCAAUCAGCAAAGUAUUCGACUUGGCUGGACGGUUUUCGUUAAUAUGAAUUAUUUAUUUGAAAUGUUUUAAAGAAACAUAAGCUUUUUUAGUGAUGCAGAUUUGUCUGUUUGUUUUUCAAGUCAUAUCAGAUCGUUGGCAACUCGUUUCCCAAGAUGAAAAAUAAGACUUGGUGUGACCAGCCAGGCUUUCCUGCCAUAUGUUGGUACAAUAUACAAGUGACAAUAUUGGUGUAUAUUUGUACUUAGCAAAUACAAACACAUCCAAAUGAAAAAUUCUGUAGAUACCGUAUCCCCUGAAAUAGCAUUUAUCUUACUGGGUUGACUGGAAAGGAAUGGAAAAUAUAGUAACACAUGAAGAAAUGUUACUCCAAUCUGAGUGAUUACUUCAAACACUGGCAACUUGGGUCUCACCCUCCAUAGGAAACAGAACAACAUUGAAUUUGAUAGAAAUCUUGCCAUAGACCUUCAAGUACUACAAAAUAUACACACACACUCACACACACAGGCAUUCUCACACACACACACACAGACACACACACACUCAUCCACACUUUGAAUUGAGCCCACAAUCUUGAAUUUCUGAAUGGGUCAGAGUUUCAUAGUUGCUAUAGUAAAGGCAAUGUCUAUUUCAGGGAUUGUAAAGUAGUUAAGCAUUGUUUCAAAAGUUUUUUUAUAUUUAUUUUUUUUAAGGAAAAGGUAUAGACAACCAGCUAAACUGCCUUUUUGGUGUGCACACACAUUUCAUGUGCAGACGUGCCUCUGUGUAAAUGUACACAUGAACUUAGUGUGGGCUUAAUUUUCUGUGCUAUAAACGAAAGUGUUUAUUUUUUAUUAACCUCAUGGAUAUUUAGAUGGAACGUGAUGGCAUUCACAGGCUUGAUAUAUUCCACUGUUAUUACUGUUACCUGCACAAAUGAAAAACAAUACUCAACAAUAAUUCCACUCCCAUGAAAUUGUGGUCAUUGUUAUGCAUUAAGUGAGGCUUAUGUUUGGUUUGGAGUUCAUUUGAACUCUUGAAUCUUAGUUUAGUGAAGAUGAACUGUCUGUUCUUAGGUAGAAACGGUGUUUAUUUAAAAAUCAAUUUAAAAAAUGAGCUACCAUAUGUGCUGUCUAUUAUAAAUGGGACACCAAACAAAAUUUUCUAUUACAGUUAUGUACUCGCAAACAUUUUGCUAUACAGUACUUCAUGGAUGCAUACAAAUGAGUUCACUUAUUACAAAGACAAACGUUUAAUUUGCUAAAUAUUUUAACAAGUUUGUUAUAUAUUUUAUUUAAUUUAAAAGAAAUCUCUUACCAACCUACAUAUUUAUUACUAUGAUUUACUAUGACUUCAGGUUAAUUUAUUUGUGUUGGCAUAGUUUGAGCAGGAUGUUUUGUGAAGUAUGUUUGUAUUUAUUUGCCUACUUUGUACUUGAUGUGUUUUGUAAUGUGCACUGAAUUUAUUUUCUUUUCAACUAUGUUAAUGAUCAAUACUGUAAAUUGGUCUUUUGUAAACAACAAAAAGGCAAUGAUGUAUGCAUUUUUUUAUUUGAGGUAGUUUGUUUGUAUACUGUUUCUCCAAACAUUUAAUAUUUCUUACAUCAAAGCAACAAAAUUGUGUUCAGUGCUGUACAUUUGGUGUAUGGUAGGAAAUAAAAACUGAUAACGAGU